AUGGAACGAAGCCGGGCCUCGGCCACACAGGCCGCUCCCUCCGUCCUCAGCACAGCAGACCGCGCUAGAGAGCUGUGGCGGAUGAGGAUGGCUCCUGACUCCAAUCUUGUAAUAUCAGUCACACCUCAAACUCUACAAUCUCAGAGGCGAGGAUCCUCAGCAGGCACAUGUACACAACGGAGUCAGCAGCGUAGUGGUAGCAGCCACAAGGUUUGUAAUACGGUAGGCCACAAGCGACAGCAAAAGGCCUCCCAAUCUCGACCGAAGGCUAACGCAGCGGUAUUGAAUGGCAAAGAGGAGUACUAUGGAGGCGAGUCGCUGUGGUGUGAAGACAUUCAAGAAGAGAUAAGCACGGUGAGCUAUCGUGCCACGCGCAUGACAGAGUCUGUGAAGAGGCUUUUUGUUGAAAUAUCUGCAAACGCUCGACCGUUGCAAAGAGGAGAGACCCGCGCCCUUAUCUAUUUAGCUAAGGAAAGAUAUGAAAAAGAGAUGGAGAAUGAUUACUGUCUUCCACGCAAGACCAAUGCAGCUAACAAGCCUUACACCUCUGUAUCUGCACCCAAAUCCAGCUAUGACUGUCCAGAUGAGCAUGUGCCUAACUACAUAGAAAAUGAUGAUGUCCAUAGUGACACUGUUAAUCUUGAAUGCACCCUGUCACAAACUAGUAGUGUCAAGGGGAGAAGCACGAGUAAGCAGGCAGUAUUGAGGAAUAAAUUAGAGCUGUUCCCGCAUAGCAGAGCGGGGUCUAGAGCUAGCCAGGCCAACAUAGAGCAAGCUGUGAGCAGCUCCGCAGAUCAAGGUGUCUCAACUGAUAGCCUCAAUCAAGACGCAAGAUCGUUUACAUACGAUCGUUUCGCUGCCUGCGCCGAAAGUUCGUUUUCACUAAACUUGACAUUUAAGAAGGCAUUCCUCUAUGCUAAGUACCACCUUUCACAGUGGAUCAAACACUCCAGAGAAUAG